CUCAGCUAUAAGAAGGGCGGUGUGGAGUCGGGGUUCCGUCACGUUGAGUCCAAUGUGUACAACAUCCUGCGGCUGCUGCACGUUAAAGGAAGCAAGCAUGUCACCGCCACAGAGGUAUGCAGCAGUGGGAGGCUCCACUCCCUUUAACCCAGCCUCAGUCUCUCUAACCCAGCCUCGGUCUCUCUAACCCAGCCUCAGUCCCUCUAACCCAGCCUCAGUCCCUCUAACCCAGCCUCAGUCUCUCUAGCCCAGCCUCAGUCUCUCUAACCCAGCCUCAGUCCUUCUAACCCAGCCUCAGUCCCUCUAACCCAGCCUCAGUCCCUCUAACCCAGCCUCAGUCCCUCUAACCCAGCCUCAGUCUCUCUAACCCAGCCUCGGUCUCUCUAACCCAGCCUCAGUCCCUCUAACCCAGCCUCAGUCUCUCUAACCCAGCCUCAGUCCUUCUAACCCAGCCUCAGUCUCUCUAACCCAGCCUCAGUCCCUCUAACCCAGCCUCAGUCUCUCUAACCCAGCCUCGGUCUCUCUAACCCAGCCUCAGUCUCUCUAACCCAUCCUCAGUCUCUCUAACCCAUCCUCAGUCUCUCUAACCCAGCCUCGGUCUCUCUAACCCAGCCUCAGUCUCUCUAACCCAUCCUCAGUCUCUCUAGCCCAGCCUCAGUCCCUCUAACCCAUCCUCAGUCUCUCUAACCCAGCCUCAGUCCCUCUAACCCAGCCUCAGUCUCUCUAACCCAGCCUCGGUCUCUCUAACCCAGCCUCAGUCUCUCUAACCCAGCCUCAGUCUCUCUAACCCAGCCUCAGUCUCUCUAACCCAGCCUCAGUCUCUCUAACCCAGCCUCAGUCCCUCUAACCCAGCCUCAGUCCCUCUAACCCAGCCUCAGUCUCUCUAACCCAGCCUCAGUCCCUCUAAUCCAGCCUCAGUCUCUCUAACCCAGCCUCGGUCUCUCUAACCCAGCCUCAGUCCCUCUAACCUAGCCUCAGUCAUCCACACUGGGGCCUACCACUGCCUGUCUUUUCCCUGGGUGGAAGAAUGCAGUGUUCUAGGUGUGUAUUGUGUUUCCAGGUAGAGGUUUCGUGGAGCAGCUUCAACAGUGGAGACAUCUUCCUUCUGGACAUGGGGAAGGUCAUAGUUCAGUGGAACGGCCCUCAGAGCAACCGGAGGGAGAAACUCAAGGUACCUAACCCUAACCCUGACCCUGACCCCGACCUCUAUCCCUAAACCCCUUACCCUAACCCUCAACUCUUAACCCCAAGCCAAACCCUGACCCCGACCUCUAUCCCUAACCCUCAGAGCAACAGGAGAGAGAAAAAUCAAGGUACCGCUGACCCCUGACCUCUAACCCUGACCCUAAACCUGAACCCUUAACCACUAACCGCUGACCAUAACCCUCAGAGCAACAGGAGGGAGAAACUCCAGAUAGUCGUAGUGAAUACCAUGGCCAUGUGUUUAGUGUGUCAUCAUGAUAAUGAGGAUCAGAUGACUGUUCAUUUUUGAUGACAGCCCCUUGAAAGCCUUCCAUUUACAAUACCAGGGUUGGUUUCUGUUUAGUUAUUGGUUAGGUUUAGUUGCAGAUGUUUUUCCACCAAACAAUCAAUGUUAUAUCCUCCCCUCCCUGUAGGCUGUGCUGCUGGCUCAGGAUAUCCGUGACAGGGAGCGAGGGGGGCGUGCUCAGAUCGGGGUGGUGGAGGGGGGAGAUGAGGAAGACUCCCCUGAGCUGAUGAAGAUCAUGAGGGCCGUGCUGGGUCAGAGGUCAGGCAAGCUGAAGGAGGCGGAGCCUGAUGACACACCAGACCACCAACAGCAGACCGCCAACAUCAGGCUCUACAAGUACGUAGACUAACUCUGGAGACUGACACCCAGGCUACUGUUCCAGACUGACACCCAGGCUACUGUUCCAGACUGACACCAAGGCUACUGUUCUAGACUGACACCCAGGCUACUGUUCCAGACUGACACCAGGCUACUGUUCCAGACUGACACCAGGCUACUGUUCCAGACUGACACCCAGGCUACUGUUCCACUGACACCCGGCCUUUAGAUGACACCCAGGCUACUGUUCCAGACUGACACCCAGGCUACUGUUCCAGACUGACACCAGGCUACUGUUCCAGACUGACACCCAGGCUACUGUUCUAGACUGACACCCAGGCUACUGUUCCAGACUGACACCAGGCUACUGUUCCAGACUGACACCCAGGCUACUGUUCACUACCAGGCUCUGUCAGACUGACACCCAGGGCUACUGUUCCAGACUGACACCCAGGCUACUGUUCCAGACUGACACCCAGGCUACUGUUCCAGACUGACACCCAGGCUACUGUUCCAGACUGACACCAGGCUACUGUUCCAGACUGACACCCAGGCUACUGUUCCAGGACUGACACCCAGGCUACUGUUCUAGACUGACACCCAGGCUACUGUUCCAGACUUGACACCCAGGCUACGUUCCCGACUGACACCCAGGCUAUGUUCAGACGACACCAGGCUACUGUUCCAGACUGACACCCAGGCUACUGUUCCAGACUGACACCCAGGCUACUGUUCCAGACUGACACCAGGCUACUGUUCCAGACUGACACCCAGGCUACUGUUCCAGACUGACACCCAGGCUACUGUUCCAGACUGACACCCAGGCUACUGUUCCAGACUGACACCAGGCUACUGUUCCAGACUGACACCAGGCUACUGUUCCAGACUGACACCCAGGCUACUGUUCCAGACUGACACCCAGGCUACUGUUCCAGACUGACACCCAGGCUACUGUUCCAGACUGACACCCAGGCUACUGUUCCAGACUGACACCCAGGCUACUGUUCCAGACUGACACCCAGGCUACUGUUCUAGACUGACACCAGGCUACUGUUCCAGACUGACACCCAGGCUACUGUUCCAGACUGACACCAGGCUACUGUUCUAGACUGACACCAGGCUACUGUUCCAGACUGACACCCAGGCUACUGUUCCAGACUGACACCAGGCUACUGUUCUAGACUGACACCCAGGCUACUGUUCCAGACUGACACCAGGCUACUGUUCCAGACUGACACCCAGGCUACUGUUCCAGACUGACACCCAGGCUACUGUUCUAGAUUGUGUCUAAAUUAAUUCUCACACCUUGGUGUGUGUGUGUAACAAAGGUGAUGUGAUGAUCUUAUCUCCUAAUCCUUCAGUCUGUCUCCCAGUGUGUCUGAUAACAGUGGUAAACUGGUGGUCCAAGAGAUAGCCAUGCAGCCUCUGACUCAGGACCUGCUGCACUCCACGGUACAACGACUUUAUUAUGCACUCAAUAUCAUGAUUAACCUCAUUCUAACUUUUAUUUAAUUUCAUUCGUAUAACUAUACAUUUUCAUAUUUUUACUGUGUAAUUCAUCACACAUUGCUUAACAGAAGACCUUAGUCUGCAUGGCCUGUUCAGCUUUUCCAUUACACUCUCUCUCUCUCUCUCUCUCUCUCUCUCUCUCUCUCUCUCUCUCUCCUCUCUCUCUCUCUCUCUCUCUCUCUCUCCUCCCCCUCCCUCACUCCCUGUUAGGACUGCUAUAUUGUGGACCAGGGUGGUUCGAGUGUGUUGGUGUGGAAGGGAAAGGAGUCGUCUAGUGAGGAGCGUCGCUCGGCACUGAGCAGGGCAGUGGUGAGUCACAGUGGACCAAGUGGAACAGGAACACAGCAUUACUGUAACCAAAAUCAAAGUAUGACUAAAUUACAUGCACAUCUCAAGUUAGGAUUCAACCCUCAAUGCAGAGUAAACGUCCCUCACCCUCUAUCCUCUGUAGGGCUUCAUCAAGGCUAAGAACUACUCAAGCAGCACUAAUGUGGAGGUGAUGGCAGAAGGAGGAGAAUCAGCCAUGUUCAAACACCUCUUCAUUUCAUGGAGAGAGAAUGGACAGACAAAGGGCCUGGGGAAUGUGUACUCCACUGGGAAGAUAGGUAACUACUAACUAACCAAGAUAGGUAACUACUAACUAACCAAGAUAGGUAACUACUACCAACUAACCAAAUAGGUAACUACUACCAACUAACCAAAUAGGUAACUACUAACUAACCAAGAUAGGUAACUACUACCAACUAACCAAAUAGGUAACUACUAACUAACCAAGAUAGGUAACUACUACCAACUAACCAAAUAGGUAACUACUACCAACUAACCAAAUAGGUAACUACUAACUAACCAAGAUAGGUAACUACUACCAACUAACCAAAUAGGUAACUACUACCAACUAACCAAAUAGGUAACUACUACCAACUAACCAAGAUAGGUAAAUACUACUAACUAACCAAAUAGGUAACUACUACCAACUAACCAAAUAGGUAACUACUACCAACUAACCAAAUAGGUAACUACUACCAACUAACCAAAUAGGUAACUACUACCAACUAACCAAAUAGGUAACUACUACCAACUAACCAAAUAGGUAACUACUACCAACUAACCAAAUAGGUAACUACUACCAACUAACCAAGAUAGGUAAAUACUACUAACUAACCAAAUAGGUAACUACUACCAACUAACCAAAUAGGUAACUACUACCAACUAACCAAAUAGGUAACUACUACCAACUAACCAAAUAGGUAACUACUACCAACUAACCAAAUAGGUAAAUACUACUAACUAACCAUAGACUAACUAUGCAAUCUCCAUAGACAAACAUUGGCAGUAGAAUGACCUUACUGAAGAGCUCAGUGUCUUUCAACGUGGCACAGUCAUAGGAUGCCACUUUCCAACAAGUGACUUAGUCAAAUUUCUGCCCUGCUAGAGUUGCCCCGGUCAACUGUCAGUGCUGUUAUUGUGAAGUGGAAGCGUCUAGGAGCAACAAUGGCUCAGCCGCGAAGUGGUAGGACACACAAGCUCACAGAACGGGACCGCCGAGCGCUGAAGCACGUAGUGAGUAAAAAUCGUCUGUCCUCGGUUGCAACACUCACUACCGAGUUCCAAACUGCCUCUGGAAGCAACUCAGCACAAUAACUGUUCGUCGGGAGCUUCGUGAAAUGGGUUUCCAUGGCCGAGCAGCUGCACACAAGCCUAACAUCACCAUGCGCAAUGCCAAGCAUCGGCUGGAGUGGUGUAAAGCUUGCCACCAUUGGACUCUAGAGCAGUGGAAAUGUGUUCUCUGGAGUGAUGAAUCACGCUUCACCAUCUGGCAGUCCGACAGACGAAUCUGGGUUUGGCGGAUGCCAGGAGAACGCUACCUGCCCCAAUGCAUAGUGCCAACUGUAAAGUUUGGUGGAGGAGGAAUAAUGGUCUGGGGCUGUUUUUCAUGGUUCGGGCUAGGCCCCUUAGUUCCAGUGAAGGGAAAUCUUAAUGCUACAGCAUACAAUGACAUUCUAGACGACUCAGUGCUUCCAACUUUGUGGCAACAGUUUGGGGAAGGCCCUUUCCUGUUUCAGCAUGACAAUGCCCCUGUGCACAAAGCGAGGUCCAUAAAGAAAUGGUUUGUUGAGAUCGGUGUGGAAGAACUUGACUGUCCUGCACAGAGCCCUGACCUCAACCCCAUCGAACACCUUUGGGAUGAAUUGGAACGCCGACUGCGAGCCAGGCCUAAUCGCCCAACAUCAGUGCCCGACCUCACUAAUGCUCUUGUGGCUGAAUUGAAGCAAGUCCCCGCAUCAAUGUUCCAACAUCUAGUGGAAAGCCUUCCCAGAAGAGUGGAGGCUGUUAUAGCAGCAAAGGGGAGACCAACUCCAUAUUAAUGCCCAUGAUUUUGGAAAUGAGAUGUUCGACAAGCAGGCGUCCACAUACUUUUAGUGUAUGUAACUACUAUUAACUAAGACAGGUCUCUAGCAGCCAAGAUAGGUAACUACUACUAACUAACUAAGAUAGGUAGCUACUAUUAACUAACCAAGACAGUUAACUACUAACCAACCAAGAUAUGUAACUACUACUAACUAACCAAUAUAUGUAACUACUAUUAACUAACUUAGGUAACAACUACACAACACACACACACACACUACACACACUACACACACACACACAACACACACACACACACUACACACACUACACAAUGAGCAACUUCUGUACUCUACAGUCCAGGUAGAUAUAUACUACUAACUAAUUAAGAUAGUAACAGUGCCUUCAGAAAGUAUUCGCACCUCUUGACUUCUUCCACAUUUUGUUGUAUUCAAGUCUGAAUUUAAAAUGGUGGUCCUCUGUAGCUCAGCUGGUAGAGCACGGCGCUUAUAACGCCAAGGUAGUGGGUUCGAUCCCCGGGACCACCCAUACACAAAAAAUGUAUGCACGCAUGACUGUAAGUCGCUUUGGAUAAAAGCGUCUGCUAAAUGGCAUAUUAUUAUUAUAAAAUGGAUAGACAUUUUUACUAAUUCAUCCUUAAAUCUGUUGACGCACCCGUCCAUCAAUCUAAGUAACAUAAUAAGUAAAUCCCCAUCAAAAUCCUUCAGUUUAAGCUAGAGAUAUCUGUUUUUUUGCAUGUGCUGGGUCUCAAUCCACCACAUCCUCCUGUGUCGGCCUUCCACACCUGCGGUGAAAGGUGGCCGAGCUACAGCGGUGUUUGUCAGACCAUGAGACAUCCCGAAAAUCAGUCUUCAUACGAAAAUGUCUGAAGUGUCCGAACGGUUUGGCCUCCAAGCUAUCAUGACCACUCUAUGGAAAGAUCCAGACUCUCACUGACACGACAUAGCAGUGGUAACCCAGAUAUCAGCUCCGAUCAGACUCUCACUGACACGACAUAGCAGUGGUAACCCAGAUAUCAGCUCCGAUCAGACUCUCACUGACACGAUAUAGCAGUGGUAACCCAGAUAUCAGCUCAGAUCAGACUCUCACUGACACGACAUAGCAGUGGGUAACCAGAUAUUAGCUCCGAUCAGACUCUCACUGACACGACAUAGCAGUGGUAACCCAGAUAUCAGCUCCGAUCAGACUCUCACUGACACGAUAUAGCAGUGGUAACCCAGAUAUCAGCUCAGAUCAGACUCUCACUGACACGACAUAGCAGUGGUAACCCAGAUAUUAGCUCCGAUCAGACUCUCACUGACACGACAUAGCAGUGGUAACCCAGAUAUCAGCUCCGAUCAGACUCUCACUGACACGACAUAGCAGUGGUAGGCAACCCUGUUCCUGGAGCUCCGCAGGCGCUUCAUGUUUUGAUUUAUCCGACCUGGAAGACCAGGUGUGUUGAAUUUAGGCAAUCACUGAACUGAUCAAUCAGCUCAGUUGGUCAGGUGUGGUGCCUAGUUGGAACAAUAUCCUGCAGUACCUUCAGAACUCCAGGAACAGGGGGUUGCCUUCCCCUGCAAUAUAGUACAGACACUUCAAAACCUUAUUCCUUAUGAUUUAUUUUCUGACUGUCUGUUUUGCCAUUUAUGAGUGUGCAUUUAUUCAAUGUGUUUUUUUAUCCCCCCCCCCCCAAAAAAAAUAUAUAUAUAUAUUUGCCUAUGGGGGUCCUACAAUUAAAAAUCUAAUAGCUAAAUGAUCCAUGGUUUGACCAUCUUAAAACAAUUCCAUAUGUUAGCUUAGUAAAACUAGUUAUUAAUUAGACUUUGGAUGGUUUAUCAAUACACCCAGUCACUACAAAGAUACAGCCGCUCAGGGAUUUCACCAUGAGGCCAUUGGUGACUUUAAAACAGUUACAGAGUCUAAUGUCAGUGAUAGGAGAAAACUGGGGAUGGAUCAACAACAUUGUAGUUACUCCACAAUACUAACCUAAAUGACAGUGUGAAAAGAAGGAAGUCUGUACAGAAUAAAAAAUAUUCCAGAACAUGCGUCCUGUUUGCAAUAAGGCACUAAAUGUGGCAAAGAAAUUAACUUUAUGUCCUGAAUACAAAGCGUUAUGUUUGGGGCAAAUCCAACACAACACAUCACUGAGUACCAUUCUUCAAAUUUUCAAGCAUGGUGGUGGCUGCAUCAUGUUGUGUGUAUGCUUGUCAUUUGCAAGGGAAUAGAGCAAUGCACAGACUAAAUCCUAGAGGAAAACCUGGUUCAGUUUGCUUUCCAACAGACACUGGGAGACAAAUUCACCUUUCAGCAGGACAAUAACCUAAAACACAAGGCCAAAUCUACGCUGGAGUUUCUUACCAAGAUGACAUUGAAUGUUUCUGAGUGGCCUAGUUACAGUUUUGACUUAAAUCGGCUUGAAAAUCUAUGGCAAGACUUGAAAAUGGCUGUCUAGCAAUGAAAAACAACCAACUUGAAGGAUUUUUUAAAUAAUAAUAAUAAUUCAAUCCAGGUGUGCAAUGUAUUGACUCAGGGGUGUGAAUACUUCUGUAAAAUAGAUAUUUCUGUAUUUCAUUUUCAAUACAUUUUGCAAAAAUUUCGAAAAACAUGUUUUCAGUUUGUCAUUAUGGGGUAUUGUGUGUAGAUGGGUGAGAUGUUUUAUUUUAUUUAAUCCAUUUUAAAUUCAGGCUGUAACACAACAAAAUGUGGAAUAAGUCAAGGGGUCUGAAUACUUUUUGAAUGCACUGUAACUAGCUACAUAAAAUAAAUAUGGAAGAUUAGGUGACUAACUAAACAACAACAACUUCUUCACAAUGAGUAACUUCUGUACACUGUAAAUACAUCCUUAACAACCCUGGCUUUUGUUCCAUCUCAACACCUGUCCUGUCCUGUAGCUAAGGUUGAGCAGGUGAAGUUUGAUGUGAUGGAGCUCCAUGCUCGUCCUGAACUGGCAGCACAGCAACGCAUGGUGGACGACGCCUCUGGACAGGUUCAGGUGAGACACGCGCGCCCACACCAAGGUUUUCAAUGGAGUUGUCAAUCUUUUGGGGGAUUUCAAGCUACUGAAUCUAUGGGGUAAAUGCUGUCAGGAGAGGACGAUAUUUCAAACCUAACUUACUAGGUAGCUAACUUGAUUCUACUUACAUAUACUACUAAUGUUAAAACACAUUGGAUUGUUGUAAACAUGGGUUAAAGUUCUUUGAACUAUAUGUUUAAACUAUACAACCUAAAUGUCUCCUAGCCUCCCACACAUGCUUUCUGUCCUAACACUAAAACUAAAACUGAAACUAAAUAAUUAAAAAAACAAAUAUAUAUAUUUUUAUACAACUAAAUAAAAACUAGCAACUCAGGUCUGAAAACGAACAAAACGGAACUUCAAAUAAACUGAACUUCAAAUAGAAAUAGAAAAAGUUAUAGAAAUAAAAACUGUAGUGACCUUGGCCCACACACACGCAGGCACACACACACAAAUACACACACGCACACACACACACACAUAGCUCACGCCAGAUCGUCAUUUCCUGUCACUUCCUGUUGAACGCGGAACGAGGGAGAGCUCGGUUUGUUAUUUUGGAAAGUUUUUUGUUUUAAAAGUGUAUUAGUAGCUAGCUAACUUUUUUGUUUGGAUCCCGCGACACUAGUUGCUGGGAACUUUGUUCUAAAGCUGUAUCUAUACCCAUUGGAUGCAGUGAUCACAAUAUAGUGGCUAUAUCCAGGAAAGCCAAAGUUCCAACAGCUGGGCCUAAAAUAGUGUAUAAGAGGUCAUACAAAAGAUUUGGCUGUGACUCUUAUGUGGAUGAUGUUAAAAAUAUUUGUUGGUCUGAUGUGAUUAAUAAGGAGCAUCCAGACGCUGCACUUGAUGAAUUUAUGAAAUUGCUUCUUCCAAUUAUUGAUAAACAUGCACCUGUUAAGACACGGACUGUUAGAGCUGUUAAGGCUCCAUGGAUUGAUGAGGAAUUGAAAAACUGUCUGGUUGAAAGAGACGGGGCAGAAGGAGUGGCUAAUAAGACUGGCUGCACAUCUGACUGGCUGACUUACUGCAAAUUGAGAAAUUAUGUGACUAAACUCAACAAAAGAAGAAGAAACUGACUUAUGAAGCCAGGAUCAAUGAUAUAAAGAAUGAUGGGGGAAAAAACUUGAGUACUUUAAAUGAAAUUAUGGGCAGAAAGACAAAUUCAACUCCAUCUUUCAUCGAAUCAGAUGGCUUAUUCAUCACAAAACCAUUUGAUGUUGCCAAUUAUUUACAUGAUUACUUCACUGGCAAAGUGGGAAACGUAGGCAGGAAAUGCCAACAACGAACAGUGAGCCAUCGUAUUCAUGCAUAAAAAAACUAAUAAUGAAAGAAAAGCAUUGGAAGUUUGAGUUUUGUAAAGUUAGUGUGGGAGAGGUGGUUAAUAUAUUGUUAUCGAACAAUAAUGACAAACCUGCUGGCAUUGACAAAUUACAUGGAAAGCUACUGAGGAUGGUAGCUGACUCUAUAGCCACUCCUAUCUGUCAUAUCUUUAAUCUGAGCCUAGAGGAAAGUCUUUGUCCUCAGGCCUGGAGGGAAGCUAAAGUCAUUCCGCUACCCAAGAAUGGUAAAGCAGCCUUUACUGGGUCUAACAGCAGACCAAUAAGCUUACUACCAGCUCUUAGCCAACUGUUGGAAAAAAUGGUGUUUGACCAAAUACAAUGCUAUUUCUCUGUAAACAAAUUAACAACAGACUUUCAGCAUGCUUAUAGAGAAGGGCACUCAACAUGUACUGCACUGACACAAAUUACUGAUGAUUGGUUGAAAGAAAUUGAUAAUAAGAAGAUUGUGGGAGCUGUACUGUUACAUUUCAGUGCAGCCUUUGACAUUAUUGACCAUAACCUGUUGUUGAGAAAACGUAUGUUAUGGCUUUUCAACCUCUGCCAUAGUGUGGAUUCAGAGCUAUCUAUCUAAUAGAACUCAAACGGUUUUCUUUAAUGGAAGCUUCUCUAAUGUUAAACAUGUAAAGUGUGGUGUACCGCAGGGAAGAUCUCUAGGCCCUCUACUCUUUUCUUGUUUUACCAAUGACCUUUCACUGGCAUUAAACAAAGCAUGUGUGUCCAUGUAUGCUGAUGAUUCAACUAUAUACGCAUCAGCAAACACAGCUAAUGAAGUCACUGAAACGCUUAACAAAGAGUUGCAGUCUGUUUUGGAAUGGGUGGCCAGUAAAAAACUGGUCCUGAACAUCUCCAUAACUAAGUGCAAUGUAUUUGGUACAAAUCAUUCCCUAAGUUCUAGACCUCAGCUGAAUCUGGUAAUAAAUGGUGUGGCUGUUACACAAGUUGAGGAGACUAAAUUACUUGGCGUUACCUUAGAUUGUGAACUGUCAUGGUCAAAACAUAUAGAUUCAAAGGUUGUAAAGAUGGGGAGAGGUCUGUCCGUAAUAAUGAAUGCUGCAAGGAAAGACCUAGUUAAGCUGCAGCUGGCCCAGAACAGAGCGACAUGUCUUGCUCUUCAUUGUAAUCAGAGGACUAAUAUUAAUACUAUGCAUGCCAGUCUCUCUUGGCUAAGAGUUGAGGAGAGACAGACUGCAUCACUUCUUCUUUUUAUAAGAAACAUUCAUGUGUUGAAAAUUCUAAAUUGUUUGCAUAGUCAACUUACACACAGCUCUGACACACACACUUACCCACCAGACAUGCCACCAGGGGUCUUUCCACAGUCCCCAAAUUCAAAACAAAUUCAAGAAAGCAUACAGUAUUAUAUAAAGCCAUUAUUGAAUGGAUCUCCAUUCCAUCUCAGAUUGCUCAAAUGAACAGCAAACCUGGUUUAAACAAACAGAUAAAGCAACACCUCACGGCACAACGCCUCUCCCCUAUUUGACCUAGAUAGUUUGUGUGUAAGUAUUGAUAUGGAUGUAGUUCUGUCCUUGAGCUGUUCUUGUCUAUUAAUGUUCUGUAUUAUGUAAUGUUUCAUGUUCUGUGUGGACCCCAGGAAGAGUAGCUGCUGCUUUUACAACAGCUAAUGGGGAUCCUAAUAAAAAAUAAAAUAUAAUAACAAACACCCACUCACACACUUACUUACUUAAACUUGUAAUGGUCUUUGUCCAGAUCUGGCGCAUAGAGGACCUGGAGUUGAGAGAGCUCCACCCCAGCUCGUUCGGUCAGUUCUAUGGAGGAGACUGUUACCUGCUGCUCUAUACCUACAAGAGAGCUAACAAGCUGCAAUACAUACUCUACAUGUGGCAGGUGAGACACCCCCUACUGACAACCACGGGUUCUAACCAUGAUGUCUUCUUUAGUGUAUAUAAUGCCUCGAGCUCCAGCAUUAUAGUGGUGGUCAAUAUUACACUAGUCAGUGGUUCGUUUAUUAAACACUUUAUUAAACACUAGACGCUGAGACUAGUCAGUGGUUCGUUUAUUAAACACUUUAUUAAACACUAGACGCUGAGACUAGUCAGUAGUUAGUUUAUUAAACACUUUAUUAAACACUAGAGGCUGAGACUAGUCAGUGGUUAGUUUAUUAAACACUUUAUUAAACACUAGACGCUGAGACUAGUCAGUAGUUAGUUUAUUAAACACUUUAUUAAACACUAGAAGCUUAGACUAGUCAGUGGUUAGUUUACUAAACACUUUAUUAAACACUAGACGCUGAGACUAGUCAGUGGUUAGUUUAUUAAACACUUUAUUAAACACUAGACGCUGAGACUAGUCAGUAGUUAGUUUAUUAAACACUUUAUUAAACACUAGAAGCUGAGACUAGUCAGUAGUUAGUUUAUUAAACACUUUAUUAAACACUAGAGGCUGAGACUAGUCAGUGGUUAGUUUAUUAAACACGUUAUUAAACACUAGACGCUGAGACUAGUCAGUAGUUAGUUUAUUAAACACAUUAUUAAACACUAGACGCUGAGACUAGUCAGUGUAUAGUUUAUUAAACACUAGAAGCUGAUACUAGUCAGUGUAUUGUUUAUUAAACACUAGAAGCUGAGACUAGUCAGUGUAUAGUUUAUUAAACACUAGAAGUUGAGACUAGUCAGUGUAUAGUUUAUUAAACACUAGAAGCUGAUACUAGUCAGUGUAUAGUUUAUUAAACACUAGAAGUUGAGACUAGUCAGUGUAUAGUUUAUUAAACACUAGAAGCUGAUACUAGUCAGUGUGUUGUUUAUUAAACACUAGAAGCUGAGACUAGUCAGUGUAUAGUUUAUUAAACACUAGAAGCUGAGACUAGUCAGUGUGUUGUUUAUUAAACACUAGAAGCUGAGACUAGUCAGUGUAUAGUUUAUUAAACACUAGAAGCUGAGACUAGUCAGUGUAUAGUUUAUUAAACACUAGAAGCUGAGACUAGUCAGUGUAUAGUUUAUUAAACACUAGAAGCUGAGACUAGUCAGUGUAUAGUUUAUUAAACACUAGAAGCUGAGACUAGUCAGUGUAUAGUUUAUUAAACACUAGAAGCUGAGACUAGUCAGUGUAUAGUUUAUUAAACACUAGAAGCUGAUACUAGUCAGUGUGUUGUUUAUUAAACACUAGAAGCUGAGACUAGUCAGUGUAUAGUUUAUUAAACACUAGAAGCUGAGACUAGUCAGUGUAUAGUUUAUUAAACACUAGAAGCUGAGACUAGUCAGUGUAUUGUAUAUUAAACACUAGAAGCUGAGACUAGUCAGUGUAUAGUUUAUUAAACACUGGAAGCUGAGACUAGUCAGUGUAUAGUUUAUUAAACACUAGAAGCUGAGACUAGUCAGUGUAUAGUUUAUUAAACACUAGAAGCUGAGACUAGUCAGUGUAUAGUUUAUUAAACACUAGAAGCUGAGACUAGUCAGUGUAUAGUUUAUUAAACACUAGAAGCUGAGACUAGUCAGUGUAUAGUUUAUUAAACACUAGAAGCUGAUACUAGUCAGUGUGUUGUUUAUUAAACACUAGAAGCUGAGACUAGUCAGUGUAUAGUUUAUUAAACACUAGAAGCUGAUACUAGUCAGUGUGUUGUUUAUUAAACACUAGAAGCUGAGACUAGUCAGUGUAUAGUUUAUUAAACACUAGAAGCUGAUACUAGUCAGUGUGUUGUUUAUUAAACACUAGAAGCUGAUACUAGUCAGUGUAUUGUUUAUUAAACACUAGAAGCUGAGACUAGUCAGUGUAUAAUUUAUUAAACACUAGAAGCUGAUACUAGUCAGUGUGUUGUUUAUUAAACACUAGAAGCUGAUACUAGUCAGUGUAUUGUUUAUUAAACACUAGAAGCUGAGACUAGUCAGUGUAUAGUUUAUUAAACACUAGAAGCUGAGACUAGUCAGUGUAUAGUUUAUUAAACACUAGAAGCUGAGACUAGUCAGUGGUUAGUUUAUUAAACACUAGAAGCUGAGACUAGUCAGUGUAUAGUUUAUUAAACACUAGAAGCUGAGACUAGUCAGUGUAUAGUUUAUUAAACACUAGAAGCUGAGACUAGUCAGUAGUUAGUUUAUUAAACACUUUAUUAAACACUAGAGGCUGAGACUAGUCAGUGGUUAGUUUAUUAAACACUUUAUUAAACACUAGACGCUGAUACUAGUCAGUGUGUUGUUUAUUAAACACUAGAAGCUGAGACUAGUCAGUGUAUAGUUUAUUAAACACUAGAAGCUGAGACUAGUCAGUGUAUAGUUUAUUAAACACUAGAAGCUGAGACUAGUCAGUGGUUAGUUUAUUAAACACUAGAAGCUGAGACUAGUCAGUGUAUAGUUUAUUAAACACUAGAAGCUGAGACUAGUCAGUGUAUAGUUUAUUAAACACUAGAAGCUGAGACUAGUCAGUAGUUAGUUUAUUAAACACUUUAUUAAACACUAGAGGCUGAGACUAGUCAGUGGUUAGUUUAUUAAACACGUUAUUAAACACUAGACGCUGAGACUAGUCAGUAGUUAGUUUAUUAAACACAUUAUUAAACACUAGACGCUGAGACUAGUCAGUGUAUAGUUUAUUAAACACUAGAAGCUGAUACUAGUCAGUGUAUUGUUUAUUAAACACUAGAAGCUGAGACUAGUCAGUGUAUAGUUUAUUAAACACUAGAAGUUGAGACUAGUCAGUGUAUAGUUUAUUAAACACUAGAAGCUGAUACUAGUCAGUGUAUAGUUUAUUAAACACUAGAAGUUGAGACUAGUCAGUGUAUAGUUUAUUAAACACUAGAAGCUGAUACUAGUCAGUGUGUUGUUUAUUAAACACUAGAAGCUGAGACUAGUCAGUGUAUAGUUUAUUAAACACUAGAAGCUGAGACUAGUCAGUGUAUUGUUUAUUAAACACUAGAAGCUGAGACUAGUCAGUGUAUAGUUUAUUAAACACUAGAAGCUGAGACUAGUCAGUGUAUAGUUUAUUAAACACUAGAAGCUGAGACUAGUCAGUGUAUUGUUUAUUAAACACUAGAAGCUGAGACUAGUCAGUGUAUAGUUUAUUAAACACUAGAAGCUGAGACUAGUCAGUGUAUAGUUUAUUAAACACUAGAAGCUGAUACUAGUCAGUGUGUUGUUUAUUAAACACUAGAAGCUGAGACUAGUCAGUGUAUAGUUUAUUAAACACUAGAAGCUGAGACUAGUCAGUGUAUAGUUUAUUAAACACUAGAAGCUGAGACUAGUCAGUGUAUAGUUUAUUAAACACUGGAAGCUGAGACUAGUCAGUGUAUAGUUUAUUAAACACUAGAAGCUGAGACUAGUCAGUGUAUAGUUUAUUAAACACUAGAAGCUGAGACUAGUCAGUGUUUUGUUUAUUAAACACUAGAAGCUGAGACUAGUCAGUGUAUUGUUUAUUAAACACUUAAUUAAACACUAGAAGCUGAGACUAGUCAGUGUAUAGUUUAUUAAACACUGGAAGCUGAGACUAGUCAGUGUAUAGUUUAUUAAACACUAGAAGCUGAGACUAGUCAGUGUAUAGUUUAUUAAACACUAGAAGCUGAUACUAGUCAGUGUAUUGUUUAUUAAACACUAGAAGCUGAGACUAGUCAGUGUAUAGUUUAUUAAACACUAGAAGCUGAGACUAGUCAGUGUAUAGUUUAUUAAACACUAGAAGCUGAGACUAGUCAGUGUAUAGUUUAUUAAACACUAGAAGCUGAGACUAGUCAGUGGUUAGUUUAUUAAACACUAGAAGCUGAUACUAGUCAGUGUAUAGUUUGUUAACCUCUACGGGAUCGGUGUCCCGUAUACGGGACGGUUGAGCUAACGUGCGCUAAUGUGAUUAGCAUGACUGUUGUAAGUAACAGCAAACUUUCCAGGACAUAGACAUGUCUUAUAUGGGCAGAAAGCUUACAUUCUUGUUAAUCUAACUGCACUGUCCAAUUUACAUUAGCCAUUUCAGUGAAAAAAUGCAAUGCUAUUGUUUGAGGAGAGUGCAACAAAAAAAUUGUUUGAUACAUUCACUUCUGAAGGUAAAGAAUGUACUUACAUUCAGUAAUCUUGCUCUGAUUUGUCAUCCUAAGGGUCUCAGAGAUAAAAUGUAGCAUAGUUUUGUUUGAUAAAAUCCAUUUUUAUAUUCAAAUGUAGGAACUGGGUUCUACAGUUUGAACCCCUGCAGUCUCUGUCUCCAAACCCAACCCGCCCGGCCAUCUAAAUGUGUGAAAGUUAGUGUAUAAGCAACUGAUCCAUCACUAUGGUUAUGUACUUGAAAAUGUAUCAAUUGACCAAUUCGGCACAUUUGGGCAGACUUGAUAAGAAAUAGUCCAGUAUUGCAAUGCUUCACUGCAUCAAUCUGAAAAUGUGCAUACACACUGCUGCCAUCUAGUGGCCAAAAUCUAAAUUGCGCCUAAACUGCAAUAUUAAAUUGUGGCCUUUCUCUUGCAUUUCAAAUAUGAUGGAACAAAAACAAAACAAAAAACACAUAUUUUUUUGUUUGUAUUAUCUUUUACCAGAUCUAAUGUGUUAUAUUCUCCUACAUUAAUUUCACAUUUCUACAAACUUCAAAGUGUUUCCUUUCAAAUGGUAUCAAGAAUAUGCAUAUCCUUGCUUCAGGUCCUGAGCUACAGGCAGUUAGAUUUGGGUAUGUCAUUUUAGGCGAAAAUUGAAAAAAAAUUGUCAGAGACUGGCUGAGACUAUUAACCACCAGAAGCUGAGACUAGUCAGUUUAUAGUUUAUUAACCUGUUUGUUGUGCUGGGUGUGUGUGACUGACGUGUGUCUUGGUUUACGGUGCAGGGGCGCCAUGCUACCAAGGAUGAGAUCACAGCGUGUGCCUACCAGGCCGUUGCCCUGGACAACAAGUACAGCGGAGCGCCGGUCCAAGUCAGGGUGGUCAUGGGUAAAGAGCCGCGUCACUUCCUGGCCAUCUUUAAAGGAAAACUCAUCAUCUUCGAGGUAAGACGAUCUUUCAUCUGGUGAUGUAGUCCUUCAUCUUAAAGGGAUAGUUCAUCCAAAAUCUUAUUUUCGGUCACAUUUCCCUUUCCUUGAGUUUUGUCUGAAGGUCCAUGGUGACAGAAUCCACAAUAAUCCAUGAUUUGCUUCUGUCUACAGCCUGAAGUUAGCAUGUUAGCAUGGUCAGAUUUCAUCAGUGGUUCCAGGCGAACCGAUGUUAGCAAAGCUGCACUGCAAGCCAAAACUUCCUCAAAAACACUUCAAACUAAGUUCGGUAGAGUCCAUAAUCAUGAAGAACCUGUCCAUGUUUUCUUCACCAUGGGAAUGUUGUUAUCUUGGUCUAAUGGUCUAAUGCUCUGAUACUUCCUAUGUUUACCCGUCAGUUUUGUUCACAUCUGGAAAGCAAACCAUGUCGAAGUGCAGCUUUGCUAACAUCGGUUCGCCUGAUGAAAUCUGACGACGCUAACAUGCUAACUUCAGUCUGUAGACAGAAGUAAAUCAUGGAUUAUUGUGGAUUCUGUCACCAUGGACCUUCAGACAAAACUCAAGGAAAGGGAAAUGUUACCGAAAGUAAGAUUUUGGAUGAACUAUCCCUUUAAGAUGAGGGACUAUGUGUGUGUGUGUGUGUGUGUGUGUCUGUGCAGGGUGGAACAGGCAGAGCGGGGGUGACUGGCCCAGGUCCAGGAGCCAGACUGUUCCAGGUUCGAGGGACUAAUGAGUUGAACACCAAGGCUACUGAGGUCCCAGCCCGCUCCUCAUCACUCAACACCAACGAUGUCUUCCUGCUAAAAACUGACCACAUUAUUUAUAUGUGGUAUGGCAAGGUACUGCACUGUUGCCUGUGGUAUGACAAGGUUCAACACUGUUCCCUGUAGUAUGACAAGGUUCUACACUGUUACCUGUGGUAUGACAAGGUACGAUGUUUGACAGGGAUUAUACAAUGGGUGGGUCUAAUCCUGAAUGCUGAUUGGAUAAAACCGCAUUCCAGCCAUUGUGUAUUCCACAAGUUACCACCGGCUAAAUCUGUGACGUAAAAAUCCUAUUUACUCUGUUCCAUCUGACUGCGCAAUCCACUGUCCCAUCAGCCCAGCCAGGCAAUUUAUAAACUUGAUCUCCACUAUAAAAAGUAUCUAGACACUAUCUCACAUUUCUUUUAGACUAACAUUUCGUUUUCAACAGCGGAGAUUUGUAUAAACCUUGUUGUCUGUUUUCCGACAUUUGCAACAUUGUUUCAAUAUUCAACUUCGAUCUCCAGCUGUCCCAUAGUAAUGAACAUGUUGGGAGUCGGGACGAGACGGACAGACAGCGUUUCUCAGCCAGUCAAAAUCAUGAAUCAUCUGGCAUCAUUUUUUUGGAUAUAUACAGUGGGGAGAACAAGUAUUUGAUACACUGCCGAUUUUUUUUGCAAUGAAAUGCAAAUUAAUUACAUAAAAAUCAUACAAUGUGAUUUUCUGGAUUUUUGUUACAGACCUCUACAUGCUUUGUAAGUAGGAAAACCUGCAAAUUCGGCAGUGUAUCAAAUACUUGUUCUGCCCACUGCACAAGGAAAUGUCAAUUGAAAAAAAGUAAAACGAAACGAAGUGCAGCUAGUUUGCAGUCUUUCCAGCUUCAGUUUGAAGUGAUUGUGUUACUGUAGCUGUGUUGUUGGCUAGCUCCUCUGAACAACAGUGUCCUUGACAAGUGAGCACAUUUUCUAUGCCAGGCGAACUCGCACCUCAUUAGCUCAUUGUUAUGGAUGUAUCCAAAUAAAUGUCUGUAGAAAACAGCCUAAACAAGUGCAAAUGUGACUACUUUGCUGUUAUUCUGGCUGCACUUUUUGACGUAACUGUAAGUUAGCCGUAUUUGGCUAGCUAGCAAGCAAUGGAUAAGAACGUUGCCAGCCAGUAAGGAAAUGGAACAUCAAGAACGAACGACUGGGUUGCGUCCAUAGAUACAGAAAAAAAGACUGAACGAUUGGGUCGCGUCUCUGGCAACCGAACCGAUAGAACGAACGACCAGCCGGCUUUCAUGUGUCUGUUUUGUAUCUGACAUGUACCUGUAUGUUACAUGUUCUGUCUCAGGGUUGUAGUGGUGAUGAGAGAGAGAUGGCAAAGGCGGUGUCAGACGUUCUGUCCAGGCAGGAUAAACAGGUUGUUACGGAGGGACAGGAGCCUGCUGAGUUCUGGGUGGCUCUGGGAGGGAAGGCCCCCUACGCCUGCGACAAGAGGUAUACACACACUGAUGACACGGUACACACACACUGCUGACAAGGUAUACACAGACUGAUGACACGGUAUACACACACUGAUGACACGGUAUACACACACUGCUGACACGGUAUACACAGACUGAUGACACGGUAUACACACACUGAUGACACGGUAUACACACACUGCUGACACGGUAUACACAGACUGAUGACACGGUAUACACACACUGAUGACACGGUAUACACACACUGCUGACACGGUAUACACACACUGAUGACACGGUAUAUACACACUGAUCAUAGUAGAACUAGGAUGAUACUAUAACUAGGAUGAUACUAUAACUAGGAUGAUACUAUAGGAUAUACUAUAACUGGAUGAACUAACUAGUGAACUAUAGGAUGAUACUAUAACUAGGAUGACUAUAACAAUGAUUAUAACUAGGAGAUUACUAUAGGAUGAUACUAUAACUAGGAUGAUACUAUAACUAGGAUGAUUACUAUAACUAGGAUGAUACUAUACACUAGGAUUAUGGAUGAUACUAUAACUAGGAUGAUACUAACUAGGAUGAUACUAUAGAACUAUAUGAUGAUACUAUAACUAGGAUGAUACUAUAUAGGAUGUAUAGAUAUACUAGGAUGAUACUAUAACUAGGAUGAUACUAUAACUAGGAUGAUACUAUAACUAGGAUGACUACUAACUAGGAUGAUACUUAACUAGGAUGAUCACUAUAACUAGGAUGAUACUAUCAGGAUGAUAUACUGCUUAUAACUAGGAUACUUCUGGAUGAUACUAUAGGAUGAUAACUAUAAACUAGGGGUUAGAACAUAAACUAGGAUGAUACUAUACUAGGAUGAUACUAAUAACUAAAGGAUGAUAUACUAUAGGAUGAUUACUAUGGGAUACUACUAGGAUGAUACUAUACUAGGAUGAUACUAUAACUAGGAUGAUACUAUAACUAGGGAUACACUAUAAACUAGGAUGAACAUAAUACUAAGGAUGAUACUAUAACUAGGAUGAUCUAUAACUAGGCUGAUAUACUAUAACUAGGAUGAUACUAUAACUAGGAUGAACUUAAUAACUAAUGGAUAUACUAUAGGGAUACAAACUAGUGAUACUAUAACUAGGAUAUGUGAUACUACUGAUGAACUAAGGAUGAUAUAUAAUAGGAUGAUACUAUAGGAUGAUACUAUAACUAGGAUGAUACUAUAACUAGGAUGACUUACUAGUAACAUAGGAUGAUACUAACAGGAUAUAUAAACUAGGAUGAUACUAACUAGGAUGAUUACUAUAACUAGGAUAAACUUACUAGGAUAACUAAGGAUGAUACUAUAACUAGGAUGAUACUAUACUAGGAUGAACUAUAGGAUGAUACUAUAACUAGGAUGAUACUAUAACUAGGAUGAUACUAUAACUAGGAGAUAUACUAUAACUAGGAUGAUACUAUAACUAGGAUGAUACUAGGAUGAUACUAUAACUAGGAUGAUACUAACUAGGAUGAUACUAUAACUAGGAUGAUACUAUAACUAGGAUGAUACUAUAACUAGGAUGAUACUAACUAGGAUGAUACUAUAACUAGGGAUGAUCUAUAUAGAUGAUACUAUAACUAGGAUGAUUAGAUGACUAUAACUAGGAUGAUACUAUAAGGAUGAUUACUGUAUACUACUAGGAUGAUACUAUAACUAGGAUGAUCACUAUAUAUCUAUGGAUGAUACUAGUUAACUAGGAUGAUACUAUAACUAGGAUGAUACUAUAACUAGGAUGAUACUAUAACUAGAUGAUACUAUAGGAUGAUACUAUAUAUCUAGGAUGAUACUAUAACUAGGAUGUAGAUAUACUAACUAGGAUAUCUGAUUACUAUAACAGGAUGAUACUAUACUAGAGAACUAAGGAUGAUACUAUAACUAGGAUGAUACUAUAACUAGGAUUGACUACUAUAAACUAGGAUGAUACUAUAACUAGGAUGAUACUAUAACUAGUUUAUGAGUACUAUAAUACUAGGUUAUGAUAACUAUAACUAGGAUGAUACUAUAACUAGGAUGAUACUAUAUAGAUGAUACUAAAAUAACUAUGGAUGUGAUACUAUAACUAGGAUGAUACUAUAACUAGGAUGAUACUAUAGGAUGAUACUAUAAACUAGGAUGAUACUAUAGGAUGAAUACUAGAUAACUAUGGAUGAUACUAUAACUAGGAUGAUACUAUAACUAGGAUGAUACUAUAACUAGGAUGAUACUAUAACUAGGAUUGAUACUAUAAACUAGGAUGAUACUAUAACUAGGAUGAUACUAUAACUAGAUGAUACUAUACUAGGAUGAUACUAUAACUAGGAUGAUACUAUAACUAGGAUGAUACUAUAACUAGGAUGAUACUAUAACUAGGAUGAUACUAUAACUAGGAUGACACUAUAACUAGGAUGAUACUAUAACUAGGAUGAUACUAUAACUAGGAUGAUACUAUAACUAGGAUGAUACUAUAACUAGGGUGAUACUAUAACUAGGGUGAUACUAUAACUAGGAUGAUACUAUAACUAGGAUGAUACUAUAACUAGGAUGAUACUAUAACUAGGAUGAUACUAUAACUAGGAUGAUACUAUAACUAGGAUGACACUAUAACUAGGGUGAUACUGUAACUAGGAUGAUACUAUAACUAGGAUGAUACUAUAACUAGGAUGAUACUAUAACUAGGAUGAUACUAUAGGAUGAUACUAUAACUAGGAUGAUACUAUAACUAGGAUGAUACUAUAACUAGGAUGACACUAUAACUAGGAUGAUACUAUAACUAGGAUGAUACUAUAACUAGUUUGAUACUAUAACUAGGAUGAUACUAUAACUAGGAUGAUACUAUAACUAGGAUGAUACUAUAGGAUGAUACUAUAACUAGGAUGAUACUAUAACUAGGAUGAUACUAUAACUAGGAUGACACUAUAACUAGGAUGAUACUAUAACUAGGAUGAUACUAUAACUAGUUUGAUACUAUAACUAGGAUGAUACUAUAACUAGGAUGAUACUAUAACUAGGAUGACACUAUAACUAGGAUGAUACUAUAACUAGGAUGAUACUAUAACUAGGAUGAUACUAUAGGAUGAUACUAUAACUAGGAUGAUACUAUAACUAGGAUGAUACUAUAACUAGGAUGACACUAUAACUAGGAUGAUACUAUAACUAGGAUGAUACUAUAACUAUGGUGAUACUAUAACUAGGGUGAUACUAUAACUAGGAUGAUACUAUAACUAGGAUGAUACUAUAACUAGGAUGACACUAUAACUAGGAUGAUACUAGGAUGACACUAUAACUAGGAUGAUACUAGGGUGAUACUAUAACUAGGAUGAUACUAUAACUAGGAUGACACUAUAACUACGAUGAUACUAUAACUAGGAUGAUACUAUAACUAGGGUGAUACUAUAACUAGGACCUAGAGUUUUCAUGGUCAGGUCCCUCUUGCAAUAUCUUUAGAUGUAAGCCUGCUAUUGAUCAGUCUAUCGUUCUGAACAUCAAAUGCUGUCAUGUGACAUCACAUCCUGUCUGUCAGACUGCAGAAGGAGGAGCCGACCCACAGCCCUCGGUUGUUUGAAUGCUCCAAUCAGACGGGUCGGUUCAGGAUGACAGAGGUGCAGGACUUGGCUCAGGAGGACCUGGACCAGGAUGAUGUCAUGCUGCUGGACACCUGGGAGGAGGUGAGGGUCAGGGGUCAUCACUAUGGUUACCUGGGAGGAGGUGAGGGGUCAGGGGCCAUCACUAUGGUUACUUGGGAGGAGGUGAGGGGUCAGGGUUCAUCACUAUGGUUACUUGAGAGGAGGUGAGGGGUCAGGGGUCAUCACUAUGGUUACCUGGGAGAAGAUGAGGGGUCAGGGGUCAUCACUAUGGUUACCUGGGAGGAGGUGAGGGGUCAGGGGCCAUCACUAUGGUUACCUGGGAGGAGGUGAGGGGUCAGGGGUCAUCACUAUGGUUACCUGGGAGAAGAUGAGGGGUCAGGGGUCAUCACUAUGGUUACCUGGGAGGAGGUGAGGGGUCAGGGGCCAUCACUAUGGUUACCUGGGAGGAGGUGAGGGAUCAGAGGCAAUCACUAUGGUUACCUGGGAGGAGGUGAGGGAUCAGGGGCCAUCACUAUGGUUACCUGGGAGGAGGUGAGGGAUCAGAGGCAAUCACUAUGGUUACCUGGGAGGAGGUGAGGGAUCAGGGGCCAUCACUAUGGUUACCUGGGAGGAGGUGAGGGGUCAGGGGUCAUCACUAUGGUUACCUGGGAGGAGUUGAGGAUCAGGGGUCAUCACUAUGGUUACCUGGGAGGAGAGUGAGGUGUCAGGGGCCAUAGUAUGAAAAUGUAUGCACUCACUAACUGUAAGUUGCUCUGGAUAAGAGCGUCUGCUAAAUGACUAAAAUGUAAAAAACUGUAAAUAACUGUGGUUACCUGGGAGGAGGUGAGGGGCCUCCUGUAGCUCAGUUGGUAGAGCAUAGCGCUUGCAACGCCAGGGUUGUGGGUUCGAUUCCCACGGGGGGCCAGUAUGAAAAAUGUAUGCACUCAGUAACUGUAUGUCGCUCUGGAUAAGAGCGUCUGCUAAAUGACUAAAAUGUAAAUGUCAUGGGUCAUCACUAUGGUUACCUGGGAGGAGGUGAGGGGUCAUUACCAGGGUCAUGGGACCUGGGCUCAGUCAAAUCCCCUGGUAACAUAUACAUACAGUAGUUGAUGAGGCAAGGAUCCACAUUCCAGUAGAGUUCUCAUGUAGAGCAUGAUCAUAAAGCCCAGUUCAGUUCAGGUGAACCAUAUCAUCAUUACCACUGAAUAACCCUGACUCCAUACCUGUCCAAUCCCGUCAGAUCUUCCUGUGGAUUGGCAGGUCUGCCAACGAAUAUGAGACCAAGGAAGCGUGUAACAGUGCUCUAGAAUACCUGAGGAACCACCCAGCGGGGCGGGACCCUGACACACCCAUCAUCUCCGUCAAACAGGGCUACGAGCCUCCAACCUUCACCGGAUGGUUCAGCGCAUGGGACCCUCACAAGUGGAGCGUGAGUAGGGCUGGGAUACCAUACCAGCCAUCACCACUAGAGGGAAUACUGGAGGAACUGGUAGAAAUGUGAUUGGAUGUGGUUUAUUGAAUAACUUCACCAAAGUGAAUUUAAUUUAUUAGGGGAAGAGGAUUCGAGUCAAUCUGUGUUUGUAAAUGUGUUCUGUGCAUGUACUUACAGUCAGGUAGAGUUUUAAUAAAUUGAUUUAUGAUUCUUAACAUGAAGAUCACAGACCAAACUGGUGUUAACAGACUCGUGGAUCUUCUCUUCUCAACAGGGAGGAUCCUCCUAUGAGGAAAUGAAACAAAAGUUGGGCGAUGUUUCGACUAUCUCUCAGAUUACUGUAGUAAGUGAUUCACUAACAAACUCUAAAAAUAAUGAAGUUAAUAACUCAACCAAGUAACAAAAAUAACCAUUAACCACCUUUAUUGUCAUUAUGAUAUAACCAGUACACGUCUAACCUUUGCAUGCAUCAAACAUGCAUGAUUGUAACUGAAGAAACAUGAAUUUACAUAUUUUCUAAAUCAUCCAACCAGCUUUCACCUGUUAGAGUGGAUAUCACCUGUUAGAGUGGAUAUCACCUGUUAGAGUGGAUAUCACCUGUUAGAGUGGAUAUCACCUGUUAGAGUGGAUAUCACCUGUUAGAGUGGAUAUCAGUUGUUAGAGUGGAUAUCACCUGUUAGAGUGGAUAUCAGCUCUUAGAGUGGAUAUCAGCUGUUAGAGUGGAUAUCAGUUGUUAGAGUGGAUAUCACCUGUUAGAGUGGAUAUCAGUUAUAGAGUGGAUAUCACCUGUUAGAGUGGAUAUCAGUUGUUAGAGUGGAUAUCAGUUGUUAGAGUGGAUAUCAGUUGUUAGAGUGGAUAUCAGCUGUUAGAGUGGAUAUCAGUUGUUAGAGUGGAUAUCACCUGUUAGAGUGGAUAUCACCUGUUAGAGUGGAUAUCAGUUGUUAGAGUGGAUAUCAGUUGUUAGAGUGGAUAUCACCUGUUAGAGUGGAUAUCAGCUGUUAGAGUGGAUAUCACCUGUUAGAGUGGAUAUCACCUGUUAGAGUGGAUAUCACCUGUUAGAGUGGAUAUCACCUGUUAGAGUGGAUAUCAGCUCUUAGAGUGGAUAUCAGUUGUUAGAGUGGAUAUCAGUUGUUAGAGUGGAUAUCAGUUGUUAGAGUGGAUAUCAGUUGUUAGAGUGGAUAUCAGUUGUUAGAGUGGAUAUCACCUGUUAGAGUGGAUAUCACCUGUUAGAGUGGAUAUCACCUGUUAGAGUGUGGAUAUCAGCUGUUAGAGUGGAUAUCAGUUGUUAGAGUGGAUAUCACCUGUUAGAGUGGAUAUCAGUUGUUAGAGUGGAUAUCAGUUGUUAGAGUGGAUAUCACCUGUUAGAGUGGAUAUCACCUGUUAGAGUGGAUAUCACCUGUUAGAGUGGAUAUCAGCUGUUAGAGUGGAUAUCAGUUGUUAGAGUGGAUAUCACCUGUUAGAGUGGAUAUCAGCUGUUAGAGUGGAUAUCAGUUGUUAGAGUGGAUAUCACCUGUUAGAGUGGAUAUCACCUGUUAGAGUGGAUAUCAGUUGUUAGAGUGGAUAUCAGUUGUUAGAGUGGAUAUCACCUGUUAGAGUGGAUAUCAGUUGUUAGAGUGGAUAUCAGUUGUUAGAGUGGAUAUCAGUUGUUAGAGUGGAUAUCACCUGUUAGAGUGGAUAUCACCUGUUAGAGUGGAUAUCAGUUGUUAGAGUGGAUAUCACCUGUUAGAGUGGAUAUCAGCUGUUAGAGUGGAUAUCAGCUGUUAGAGUGGAUAUCAUCUUUCAUCUGUUAGGUUAGCUGAUAUCAGUAUUUUAAUCUCAGUCAUCCUCUUGUUCCGUGUUUGUAGAAUCUGAACAACACAGACCUGAAUCAGGGUUCUGCUGGGGGCGGUAGUGGAUACAGCGCUCCAGGAGGCCCAGCCCAGUUCAGCUCUCCCCCAUCCUACAAGCCCCCCCUUGGGACAGGAGGAGGCUCCUUUGGUCCCUCCAGCCCAGCCACCCCUGGAGGUCAGAAAUGCCUGUCCACCAACUUCAGCACUACGCUGUCCCCCACCCUGUCCUCACCCUCCCUUGUCCCCUCCACCACGCCGGCCCCCAGGACUGGAGAGUACCUGGACCCUGAGCUGCUGCUCAACAAGAGCCCCAAGGAGCUGCCCCAGGGAGUGGACCCCAGCAGGAGAGAGGUGAUGAUGCUAUGAUGAAAUAGUCCAGCUGAGACUCUAUCGUAUAGCAGGUUAUUAGGGGAAUGGUAAUCUCUUGUGGACAGAUGAAACGGUGAGAAUAUGUCUAUGCUCACGUAGAACUAUGUAAUUACGACCAGCAGUAGUUCUUGGUUUUGGGUUUUCAUCAUUGAUUAUUUGGACAAAUCAGGAUUGGGCGAAGGUGGUUCUUCAACUGGUGCAGUGAUCUUCAAGCCCGUGUGCAGCUGAUAAAUGGUUUCCACAGCCACAAAGUCAAUAUUGGCUAUAUCAUUACAAUUCAGGAAAACAAAAAUGCCAUUUUUGGCCAUGAUAAACACGGGUGAAAUUAGCGGAAGGGAGGGGUUUGGCCUAGAGUUUCCAUUUGCGAGGGAGGAGACUGAUUGUUAAUUAACCAUUAACAAUCACAAUUGUUAAUGGUUAAUUAAUUAACGUUAAUCGUUAACUUCCCCCCAGAAGUAAAAGAGGAAAUGACAAUCUUUCGCGAAAUACUUUUACUUCUGGGGAACCGAGAUUAGUGUAAUGGUGUUGAACUGACAGCAGGGGUCAGCAUAACACAUACAGUACCUCUCUUUCUAACUAUGUUUCUCUCUCUCUCUCUCUCUCUCUCCUCUCUCUCUCUCUCUCUCUCUCUCUCUCUCUCUCUCUCUCUCUCUCUCUCUCUCUCUCUCUCUCUCUCUCUCUCUCUCUCUCUCUCUCUCUCUCUCUCUCUCUCUCUCUUUCUCUCUCUCUCUCUUUCUCUCUCUUUCUCUCGCUCACUCUCUCUCUCCGUUGUCAGGACUAUCUCUCUGAUGUGGAUCUGGAGAACCUGCUGGGUUGUUCUCGGUCUGGUUUCCAGCGGCUGCCCAAGUGGCGGCAGAACGACCUGAAGAAGAAGGCGGGCCUGUUCUGAGUGGGCGGAGUCAGUCAGUCAGGGAUGACAUCAGGACAUAGCUUAUUAGAGUUGAAAAUGUUCCUUGAUUGUGUUAAAGUUCUUUUGAAGUUG